GGUGAGGAGGACGAAGGGGGCAAAAGGUAUGAGACGAUCGAAUUGAGGGAGUGAGACAACCGUAUACUCUCUCCAACACUAAAAAAAGAGACAAUCAUAGGACGAAGCAACCAAGGGAGAGAAACACCAUAAACACACAGGAUCGAAUCGGUUUUUUGUGUAGAGGGGGGAAAACAGCACACAUUCGCCUUUGUCUCGUCAACUACAGUCGUCUUAACAAAAUACUAUCUCCAACGGUCAGGCUCAACUGUUUAUCAUACGCACAAAUAUAAUAUCUUUUAUCUUUUGUUUACCCAAUCAACUCUUGUGCGUAGGUGACUGUGUGUAAAUACGACGAGAGAGAGAAUUGAAAAAUAAAAGAGACUGGGGGAGAAAAAAAUAGCUGAGUAUUUUCGCGCCUCAAAUUGACGCGACGUCACUGACAGAACAGAACACCACAGCCUAACUUGCUGGGUUAUGUUCAACCGCGUACCUUAACACCAGCAUUUAUCCUUCAUCUUCUGUUGUUUUUUUGUCAUUUUAUGAGUGAUAUUGUUGGUUGCAUCUGAGGGCUAUUGUGGGGAACUGGGGGAGAGACUUGUUGGAGGCUUUUCGGAGGUUUUAUCGGAUUCAAUGAUUAUUCAGAAACCUUUAUUUAUACGAAUUCUUGAGCAUUUCUUCGUGAAUAUUUGAUCGACAAUUGGAAUUGGGGAGGUGUAAAUGCAGAGGCAGGGGGCAAAAUGGACCCAUCGAUGUUCGUUGCUUAUACCCCCCAAACUAACGUAGUUCCCUUGGAAUCCAAACUUGCUACUUAUAUGAAUCGUCAGAGUCCAGCGACGACACUGAAUGCGAGCACAGUAACCAAGCAUCUGUCAAACUUAUCCCUCGAGUCUAGUAAGAAAGCAGCAGCCAGUCCAGAGUUUGUGCCAGGACGAGGGCUGGCUGGAAGUAAUAGCAGUUCGCCAAACUUAUUUGGUAAUUCUUAUCAUUCCCAGGAGAAUGUUGGAGGUACUACGUAUUUUUACGUUGGCAAUGCCACUGGGGAUCCAACCGCCAAUGACGACGGAAAUGAAAUUGGGCCAGGGCAGGUGGGCUAUGUGUACCCAGGUACCCCCAGCCAUUUGCAGACGGUGAAACCAACGAAAGUGACUCCAUCAAACAGUUCAUCGGCACCGUCCACUCCUCCACCUCAAGCGAAUCCAAGUUUCUUCGUCAGUGCUAAUCUGCGUAUGGACAUACUCCACAAAAAUACCCUGACACUUACGCAACCUGAUCCCAACCAAUUCCCAGAUUUACCAACUGAAGUUGAUAAUUAUCACGAAUUGUGUCCACUUGAGCCGAUACACAAACCAGCAUCAACUGUCCUUGGAUAUCAAACAUCGACGUAUAAAGCAACAAGUCUCAAGAAUGGGACUCGUUACUGUUUACGUCGUGUUCAUGACUUUCGUUUGGGCAAUACGAAGUGUAUGGUACUUGUUGAUAUGUGGAAACGCAUAUCGCAUACAAAUUUAGUCCAGUUGCUGGAGGUCUUUACGACCAAAGCCUUUGGUGAUCAUUCCAUGGUAUUCGUUUAUGAUUACCAUCCUGGGGCUGAAACUCUCCUGAGCAAACACUUCUCAGCCUCUGAACUCAAUGGGUACGCGGAUCCAUUCAUGUCUGAUCCCAGUGCUCCACGUCCAUACAGUCACACUAAGAAUACAAUACUCAGACAACAGCAUAAUAGUAUGUUACCAGAGAGUGUUAUUUGGAGCUAUAUUAUUCAACUUACGGCUGCGUUACGAGUCAUCCAUGCUGGUGGUGUGGCAUACCGGUGCUUAGACCCAACCAAGGUCCUCUUAACAUCCCGGACUCGAUUACGUUUGAGUUGUGCAGCUGUACCUGACGUUGUGACAUUCGAUGGAAAUGCAGCUAACCCAUUGUCACUUAUUCUACAUUAUCAGCAAGAGGAUUUAAUUGCUCUCGGUAAAUUGGUCCUAGCACUGGCCUGUCGCAGUCUACUUGCCGUCCAUCGCGACAAUAUACAAGCAUCAUUAGAACUCGUCGCACGUACCUACUCAACUGAUCUCCGUAACUUUAUUCUGUACUUGCUCUCUGACCAGGCAAGAAAAAGCGUGACAGACCUGAUGCCAAUGAUUGGUGCUCGUUUCUACACACAACUUGAUGCUGUUCAAUUAAGAUCUGAUGUUCUUGAAAAUGAACUCUCGAAGGAGCUUGAGAAUGGUAGACUGCUCAGGUUACUCGUUAAACUUGCAACAGUCAACGAAAGACCUGAGCACAAUAUGGAUGUCACCUGGGCUGAAACCGGUGAUCGUUAUAUGCUCAAACUAUUUAGGGAUUACGUUUUUCAUCAGGUAACUGCUGAUGACAAGCCGUGGCUCGAUAUGGCUCACGUUGUUUCCUGUCUCAAUAAGCUGGACUGUGGUUCACCAGAUAAGAUUUGUCUAAUGUCAAGGGACGAGCAAAGUGUAUUAGUGGUGAGUUACGCGGAAUUGAGACAAUGUAUGGAAAAUUCCUUUGGCGAACUCGUGCAAUCAUCGAAGGAGGCCGCUUAAAUGAAUUAAAUUGAAGAAUCAUCACAGAUCAUCACCACAAAAGAAGAAAAACAAAGCGGGUUGAAAUGAAAUUCAACAAUGUGAUAUGAACAUUUAGCGGUACUAUUUCGUUAAAAGUUUAUCAGUUAACCAGUCUUGAAGGUGCGAAUUCACACGAAUGAAUUCCAAUAACUAACGAAGAUUGUUGUAUCUUCUUUCCUCGUGUCAAGUGAUUUUUGCCAAGGAGUCUGAACAUCUCUUUAUUUUUCUUUUUUUUCUUUUUCAUUGUGUAUAAUAAUUGUAUCAUGGCGCGUAAUGAUUAUAAUGAAAAA